AUGGUUAACAUUCCAAAGGAAAAAAGUAAUUAUUGUGUAAAAUGUAAUACACAUACAUCAUCUAAAGUGAGUAUUUACAAAAAGGGAAAGGACAAUCCAAUGAGGGCAGGAAAUAGACGUUAUCGUUUAAAACAGAAAGGAUUUGGUGGUCAAACUAAGCCAAUUUUGAAACGUAAAGCUAAGAACACAAAGAAAGUUACUUUAAAAAUUAAAUGCUCUCAAUGCUCUGGUAUAUCAAUGAAGCCAUUAAAGAGAGCAAAACAAGCAGUUGUUUCAAAUGAAAAGAAAUCUAAAGGAGAAGCAUUUGUUUAUUAA